AUGAAAUAAAGCCGUGGUGAUGUUGUAACAUAAAGAUGCAAUUAUGACUUUAAUUUUUGGUCAAUUAGUCAUUGGCCCACCUGGGAGUGGGAAAACUACAUACUGUCAUGCUAUGGCAAAAUUUUUGGAGAAACUGGGUAGAAAAGUAGCUGUUAUUAAUAUAGAUCCAGCAAAUGAAAACAUGGAAUAUAAACCAACAGUUGAUAUAUCCGAAUUAAUAAAACACGAAGAAGUAAUGUCACAUUAUAGACUUGGACCAAAUGGAGCUCUUGUUUAUUGCAUGGAAUUCUUAGAAGCUAAUAUAAAAUGGCUAAUUACAAAAGUUUUAAAUUUAAAAGAUUAUUAUAUCAUUAUUGACUGUCCAGGGCAGGUUGAGUUAUAUACACAUCACAACUCAAUUAGUGUAAUUGCUGAAAAAUUAGGACAAAAUUUAGUCAGGCUAUGCAGUGUGCAUCUUGUAGAUUCUCACCAUUGUAGUGAUGCUGGUAAAUAUUUAUCAUCCAUAAUUCUUUGUACAACAACCAUGUUAAAGCUAGGUUUACCUCAUGUUAACGUUAUGACAAAGUUUGACGAAAUGAAAAAGUUUAGUCAUUGUCUAGAUUUCAAUGUAGAUUUUUAUACUGAAGUACUUGAUCUAAACUAUUUAUUGGAUAAAUUGGAUGAAAACCCAUUUACAUCAAAAUACAAAAAACUAAAUGCAGCUUUUGUGUCACUGAUAGAAGAUUACAGUCUUGUCAGUUUUAUACCACUGGAUGUUUCUAAUCAAGCACUGUUACUGCAAGUAAAAAAUGUAGUAGAUAAGGCUAAUGGUUAUAUCUUUGGUGGAAACGAACCUCAAGAUGUUCAAACCCUACUUGCGUGUGCUGUUGGAGCAGUAAAUGAAACUGAAAAACUGUCUACAAUAGAUUCAUAUUUCGAAUAAAGAUCUGUUUUGUAAAAA